AAGAAUCUCCCAAAAGAAUCUAGGGGCGAUGAUGGAAACGAAUCUGUCCCUAGCAUAGAUCGCGGAAUGCAACAUUUGCAACUUCCAUUGGUCGAUCUGCGCGAGUGCGCAUUGAAAUGAAAUUCACCAAAAGCUAGCAAGUGUCGCUUCUGUAACGCUACCAUGUUUCUGCAUGUUUCUCUCUGCCAGUGACCAGUGACUCAUAAUUCUACGGUAAUGACAUUUGUGUCGCACGCGACACCCGCUCUGCGUUUCACCUGCUAGUGCUUACUCAAGGUCCUCCGUAUUUAUAUGCAUCUUUAAGGCGACAUAGGCUUAAUGCGCUCCGCACAGACUUUCAUCCAUUCAUUCAAGAUCGCUACAACUCCUAAUCGAUUUCGCUUCGGUUCGAUCAGUGACCGUUUCUUUAUUUACGUUGGACCAUUCAUUACUCCGUGGCGUGCACCUUUCAACGCGAUACAUGAUGCCAUUGCACCAUUUGUGAAAUAAAACACACCGCACCCUUUGAUUUAUCCUGAAAACAAGACGCCAAGGACUCCAAGAAACGAUUAACAAAUAUACUUUAAAAAUGAUGGACAUCGAUCCUCCACAGUUUGUGUCUAAAGAUGACGAAGUUCAAUAUUGGAUGGACCUUGCUCAUCAAAUACAUAGAAGAAAAGAAGACAUAGAAAGAGAAUUGGAAGAAUUUCAAGAAAAUUCACAGUUAUUAGAAAAGGAAUUAGAAGCGUCAUUAGAACAAGCGGAGAAAGCUAAUCGAGAAUUACGACAACGAAAUACAAGACUCGCUACGGAGGUGGAACAGUUGAGAACAAGAUUAGACCAACAAACAUCCGACUGCGCAAUGUUUCAAGGACAGGCUCAAGAUUUGCAAUCGCAACACGAUCAUUUAUUGAAGUAUAUAAGGGAAUUAGAACAAAAAAAUGAUGACUUGGAAAGGGCUCACAGGAUAAAUAGGGUAACGGAAGAGGAGAUAGAAGCCAAACUUAAUUCUGCAAUUGAAAAGAACGCUUUACUGGAAUCAGAACUCGACGAAAAAGAAGGCCUAAAAGUUAUUGUACAGAGACUAAUGGACGAAAUUAGAGACUUAAAACAAGAGAUUCAAGUUCAAGAAAGACAUCAACCGGAUAACGACAAGUCUGCCGACAGAGUUCGUAACCAUGUCGAUAGUAAUAAGCUGCAAGUUGAAUUGGAAACACACAUACCACCUAGUAGCCCGAUAGUACAACAAUCCAUACCUCCAAGUAAUACAACUUCGCCGCUAAAAAUUGGAAACAGAGUUGUAGGGGGUGUAACUGGAAACAAGAAUAACAAUAAUAAUGUGAAUCCACCAUUGGCACCGUGUACGAGAAUAUUGGCGAUGAAUAUGAUCGGUGACCUUAUGAGGAAAGUUGGCGCCUUGGAGAAUAAGCUAAACACGUGUCAAAAUCCAUCUCGAGAGGAUCAAGCCGUUCGGGAUCUCUACAGGACUAGACGGCAGGUUCGAGACUUUGCCUCUGGCAACAGCAACCACAUUCGAUUAUAAACAACAUAUAAUAAUUCCAACAAUAAAUUAUUUCUUCGUGCGUCAUACCUCUAUGCCUGUUCAAUAUUUUAUGUAUUUCAACUAAAUCUCGCUCACUAAUUUAUUACGAAUUUAUGACAGAACGAAAAUCACUCGUAUCAAUUUAUUUAUUAUUUAUCUCUGUUAAUUAUUUAAUUUCGACCUCUUGAAAAUCAACAAAUUUUAAAUGUUAUUUGUUCUUCUAUUCCAAUUUAAAAGUAUAUUUUAGUUAGCGAUAGUACGAACGAAAUUUAUAAAUAAAUAUUCUAAUUUGUAAGUAUAAAGUUGAUAACGUGAUAAUUAUAUAUACGUGUAGUAGAAUUAUAUUAUUGCUCUGUAGAUAUUCACAAAUGACAUUAAAUUAAUAAUUUGCGAAUUCGUACUUUCGGCAAAUAGUUGUAGGAGAAUUAAAAUCUUUGCCGCGAUUAGAAAUAAUACCGUAACGUCUAGUGCAAAUUUAGUUUCUACGGUAAGUUAGGUAUCGACAUAUGUCUAUUUUUUAAUAAGAAAAGAAUAUUCUUUAAAUAAUUUGAAGAAAUUAAUUUUUUUCAUUUUGGUAAUAAGAGCAACAGGAAAACAAAAAUUAAGGGAAAACUUGACGUGUACCAUUUCACGUAGAUCCUCUUCGACAUGUAGAAAUAAUAUUGACAAAAAAAAAGUUUGAUGAUUUAACCAUGAUUGAUCGGAAAAUAACAAGUCUGCAAAAGGAAAAUAAUGAAGGAAAUACACGGACUUAAAUUACAAAGUAAAUUACGUACACGCUAUGUGAUAUUUAAAUAUUCGAGUAUCAUAUAUGUACGUUGUAUUGCUAUUCAUUAAAGAAAAAAAUUAUCUGCUUUAAAUUAUUUAAUGAUCGAAAUAAGAAAAAAAUAUGGUUGUUUAAAAUGCUUACAAAAGAAUAUUCCCUUGUAUCGCGAAAUAAUUCAAUUUUAUACUUCAAAUCAUAUAAAAGCUACCGAAUUAUAUAUAGUUAAAUAUACACUGUGUGCUCCUAUGCCACUCGCAUAAUUUUAAGUAGCAUCAAAUCUCCGAAUAUGUACACAAAGUAGAAAAUGUACUAACGUCACUAAUCCAAGUGUAUUACUUUAAUAAGGAGAAAAUUGUUAGUUUUUUUUCUAGAUUCCGCUUAAUGUAUAAAAAUGAUGAAAUUGAAGUUAUAACCGUUUGAUGCUGAUAUAAAAUUGUAAACUUAAUUUUUAAUGAAAUUUGUAAAGGCAAAUUAAACGAUUUGUAAAAUAAAGUUAUUGUAAACAGUC